AUGUUAUCAUCGAUCAUCGCUGCGUCUCCCCUCGUCAUCGCCCCAGCAGUGUGUCUGGCUCUUCUUCUAGCCUACUAUCUCGGCGCCUACCUGUUCCAAAAUAAGGGCUUGUCGGACAUUCCCGCAGCCUCACCAUGGGCUGUCUUGACUAGAUUCUGGCUGCUGCGCGAAGCGCGAUUCGGUCGACGUUAUCUUACUGUCGACAAGGCGCACAAGAAGCAUGGCGACAUGGUCCGUAUCCAGCCCAACCAUGUCUCCAUCGCCAAUGUCGACGCCAUCAAUGCCAUCUAUGGUCAUGGCAAUGGAUUUCUCAAGAGGCAAGGGAUCCACUGUCGCACCGUCUAUCUAUCCCGAGGCCCACGAUUAACAUCCACAUACACCCGGGAUCGCGCUGACCACACGCGCAAGCGCAAGAUUGUCUCGCACACAUUCGCAGCCAAGAGCGUCAUGCAGUUCGAGCAGUACAUGCAUCAGAACCUAAACGAGCUCCUGCGUCAGUGGGAUCUCAUCUGCGAGCGAGCUCCUACAAACACCAAAUUUGCGCGCUUUGAUUGUCUCCCAUGGUUUGCCUAUCUCACCUUUGACACCAUCGGAGACCUUGCCUUUGGCGCCCCAUUCGGCAUGUUGAAUAACGGCCAAGACACGAUCGAGUACAUGGACUAUCCCGGCGGUCCUUCCAAAUACAUGAGCGCCGUCGACGCACUAAGUAGGCGUGGCGAGGCUUUUGCUGUGCUAGGGUGUCUGCCAUUUUUGAAGACCAUCGGCCAUCUCCUGCCUGACCCGUUUCUGCGACAUGGCGUCCGCUCCGGGGAACAGGUUGCGGGGAUCGCGAUUGCGCGCGUCAAUGAACGCCUUGUGUCGACAGCAACGAAUGACAAUAAGCGUGUGGAUAUCUUGGCACGCUUGAUGGAAGGCAAGGACGUGAACGGCCAACUAUUAGGUCGGGAGGAACUCACCGCGGAGGCAUUGACCCAGCUCAUUGCCGGUAGUGAUACUACCUCGAAUACUCUUACUGGGAUCUUCUAUUGGCUUCUAAAAACCCCUGGGGUUCUUCAAAAGCUCCAGGCCGAACUUGACGCCGCUAUCCCCUUGCCAAUUGACGAGAUUUCUUUCCAGUCUGUCAAAGAUCUCCCAUAUCUGAAAGCUUGCAUGAAUGAAGGCAUGCGUAUCCACUCUACAUCAGCCAUCGGUCUCCCACGUGUUGUCCCUCUUAAUGGCCCCGCUGUGGAUAUCUGCGGCCACAAGUUCGAGCCUGGCACCGUGUUGUCGGUACCCAACUACACGAUCCACCGCCUCGAGAGCAUCUGGGGUGCUGACAGCAACCAAUACAGACCGGAGCGCUGGGAAAGCUUAACAGUGGAUCAGAAGAAGGCCUUUGUGCCGUUCGGUCACGGACCGCGGUCCUGUGUAGGACGCAAUGUUGCGGAGAUGGAGCUGACGCUCGCGCUGGCGAGCUUAGUCCGACGCUACGACUUCGAGCUCUACCAGGACAGUAUUCUGAAGCAAAGCCUAGAGAUUGUGGAUCUAAUGCAGCAGAGUGGCGAGAUAGACCGUAUGCCGGAGGACCCCCUUGGUGGCGGACCGCCUGCUGGAGCUUCACAAGUCGCAGGUGAAUCCACCAAGAGAGAGGAUCAGUUAAACCCGCUGGACAGAUCAGAAGCUCCCGGUAUGGGAAUUGGCGCUCAAAAAUCCAUCGACCUGGAUGAUAUAAUCUCUCGACUUCUAGACACGUAUUCGACCAAAGUCACCAAGACGGUGUGUCUUGAAAAUGCCGAGAUCACCGCCAUCUGCAGUUCAGCCCGUGAGCUCCUCCUUUCUGAGCCAGUACUAUUGGAGUUGCCCGCCCCCGUUAAGAUCGUCGGCGAUAUCCACGGUCAAUAUAUCGAUCUGAUCCGAGUCUUUGAAACGUGUGGAUUUCCACCGGAAUCGAACUAUCUUUUCCUCGGCAACUAUGUAGAUCGAGGAAGGCAGGGCCUGGAGACCAUCCUCUUACUGCUAUGCUAUAAGCUCAAGUACCCGGAGAACGUCUUCCUGCUUCGUGGCAACCACGAGUGCGCUUGCGUUAGUAGAAUGGGUGGCUUCUAUGAUGAGUGCAAGUGGCGUUCCAAUGUUAAGAUGUGGAAAUCAUUCAUCGACACUUUCAACUGCCUCCCUAUAGCGGCGAUCGUAUCCGGAAAGAUAUUCUGCGUCCACGGUGGAUUAUCUCCUAGUUUGUUGCAUAUGGACGAUAUUCGCGGUAUCGCUCGACCUACUGAUAUACCCGACCAUGGAUUACUGAACGAUCUUCUAUGGAGUGACCCGAUAUAUGUGAACACAGAGGAAGACUGGGUGCCUAAUGAACGUGGUGUGAGCUUCUGCUUUAGUAAAAAGGUCAUUAAGGACUUUUUGGACCGGCACGACUUUGAUCUGGUGUGCCGGUCUCACAUGGUGGUUAAGGAUGGGUAUGAGUUCUCUCAGGACCGGACCCUAGUGACAAUUUUCUCAGCUCCGAAUGUGAGUUGA